UCCUGCUCUCUGCACACGCUGUUACUGGUUUCCUUUGGCGGGUCCCUUCUGCUCCUUUGAACAUCCUCUGCAGCCUGUCUUCUGGACCCACAUGGCGAACCGAAAGCGGCCUUUGGACGCGGGUUCGAUGCCCGGUGACAGCUGCAGGACGCCAGAGGAGCUGCAGGACCGGGACUACAUGCGAUGGGAAGUGGACCAAACGUGUCGGUACCUGCUGGCAGAAGGGCUGGGAGAAUGGGAAGAGACCUUCAGAGCGCAAAAAAUCACCGGUGUCGGGCUGCGGUAUCUACAGGAUGCUGAUCUGGAGAAGAUGGGCUUGCAGUACCUCGGUGACCGUCUGCGAGUUCAACACAGCCUCAGGAAGCUGUGGCAGAUAGAAGCAGAGCCAAAUAAGGUGUUUAAUGAUCCCAUUCAUGGUCAUGUGGAGGUACACCCUCUUCUCAUCAAAAUCAUCGACACACCUCAGUUCCAGAGGCUUCGAUACCUCAAGCAGCUCGGAGGGGCCUACUUCGUUUUUCCUGGAGCAUCCCACAACCGCUUCGAACACUGCAUUGGGGUGGGUUACCUGGCAGGGCGACUUGUUCAAGCUCUGAACGAGAGGCAGCCAGAACUCCUCAUCUCUCGCAGAGACAUCCUCUGUGUGCAGAUCGCCGGGCUCUGCCACGACCUGGGACAUGGGCCCUUUUCACACAUGUAUGACGGGAUGUUCAUCCCCAAAGCACGUCCAGGAAUUAGCUGGAAGCACGAGAAAGCCUCUCUCGACAUGUUUGACUACCUGGUGGCUGACAACGAGCUGAAGCCGGUGAUGGAGCAGCACGGCCUGGUGCUGCCCGAGGACCUGGACUUCAUUAAGGAGCAGAUUGCUGGACCAGCGGUCUCGGAUGCAGCUCAAGGCCCGAAGUGGCCAUACAAAGGCCGUCCAGAAGACAAGUCCUUCCUCUACGAAAUCGUGGCCAACAAAAGAAAUGGCAUUGAUGUGGACAAGUGGGACUACUUUGCCAGGGACUGCUACCACCUGGGCAUCCAGAACAACUUUGACUAUCGCCGCUUCCUAAAGUUUGCCAGGGUGUGCGAGGUGGACGGGCAGAAGCACAUCUGCACCAGAGACAAGGAAGUGGGCAAUCUGUACGACAUGUUCCACACGAGGAACUGUCUCCACAGGAGAGCCUACCAGCACAAAGUGGGCAACAUCAUAGAGACCAUGAUCACAGAGGCCUUUUUAAAAGCAGACAAGCACGUCCAGUUUGAAGGCACAGGAGGAAAGAUGUUCACUCUCUCCACAGCCAUAGACGACAUGAAGGCCUACACCAAGCUGACAGAUAAUGUGUUUGAACAAAUACUCAACUCCUCCUCCCCGGAGCUGAAGGACUCGAGGGAGAUUCUCCACAACAUCGUGUGUCGACGCCUCUACAAGUGUCUCGGCCAAACGCAGGCAGACGAAUCCAUGAGUGUCACCCGGGAGAAGAUUCAGAACUGGGAAGCAGCUCUGGCUGGAUCCAUCCCUCAGAGCGGCGCCCAGGACGUCAGUCUGCAGCCGGAGGACUUCAUAGUCAGUGUCAUCUACAUGGACUAUGGGAUGAAGGAAAAGAACCCCAUCAACAGUGUGCGUUUCUAUUGCAAAGAUGACCCAAACAAAGCCAUCCAGAUCCGCAAGAACCAGGUGUCUAAACUUCUCCCGGAGCGGUUUGCGGAGCAGCUGAUCAGGGUCUACUGCAAGAAGACCGAUGACAGGAGCCUGGAGGCAGCCAAGAAGCACUUUGUCAAGUGGUGCAUGGACGAGAACUUCUCAAAGCCUCAGGACGGAGACAUAAUAGCACCCGAGCUGACUCCUCUGAAAGAGAGCUGGUCGAAUGACGAAGGAAGGAAAGUGAACCGUGUUUGUGUAAACGGACAGAAGAGAGCCAAAAUUCAGCUUUUUAAGUGAGAGGGACGACAGCAAUAUAUCAGUAGACGAGACGGUGUUGAGUGACAAUUAUAUUUUUCUACGAGGCGUAGGUGAGCACAGAAAAGAUUCUAAUGUUUUUUACAGCAAAAAGAAGUUAUAAAAAAAAAAAAGAUGCAUUGUGAUAUAUUCAGGUCCUCUGCUCAGGGUCUUUACACUCUUUUUAAUAUCAUACUCAAAUCUUUUGUUUUAGUUUCAUCAUUUUAAUCAGGUUUUUAUUUUAGAGUGUGUCACAAGUUGAUUUAUUAUUUUCUGCCCAUGUGCAAUGAAACAUGGUCCGUUAGAGGCACCGCUUCAAGCGUGAGGCAGUUUCUUUUAUUCGGCUUUGAGGUUGUUGGUUUUUUUUGUCAGAACUUUUAAAAUAAGUAUUUAAAUCUACAAUCAAAUGUUGAAAGUUUCUGACAUUUAAAGUUUUUUUUUUUACUUUGAAUGUAUUUAUUUUUUUCAGGGGUAUUGUUGUUUAUUUAUUUAUUUAUGGUUCUGAUAGUGAGUAGCUCAACUUAUAGUUCUGUGCAUCAUUUUAAAUGGUAUUUUCUUUUAACCAUUUAUAAUGUUUUCCUCUUACCAAAAUAUGAUCUCAUCCAACGUGCCUCAUAACUAAAAAAAAAGAACAAUAUUUUUGAAAGAGUGAAAAGGGAAGCUUACAGAGAGGUCUGAGAAGAUCCUGUUUAAAGUAUUCUUACUGCAAACUGAAUAAUAAAUUAUAAUUCCUCUCAGUUGUGUCCUGAUGUAAGUAACUUGUUGGACACCAGAGGGCGCCAUGCUCUCAGUUUAGUUUAGAGACACGCUUCAGGAAAUGUUUGUCUGGAAGCUUCAUGAUCAAAACAAAUGAGCAGAAAACAUUCAAAAGGUAAGAUUUUAACAGUUUGUCGAAGAAAUGUCAAAUUAAAAAAGGAUAAGUUCACCAUAAAGUCUGUCAUAAGAUGAGACACUACAGGUGAAUAGGAUAAAAAAAGAACUAAUAGAUAUCAACAUGAAACUUCACCAGUUGAUUACUGACAUUAAGGGAAAGAAAAUGUCUUGAACAAGCUUUUCUUAAACUGAAAGUGUAAAAGUUGUAAAAAGAAAACAAAAUACCAUGAUAGAGACCUGUCAAUCAGUGUGUAGCCCCGCCCUAAAGCAUCCCCUGCUUUAUGGUCUGUUUGACUCUAAAUGGAGCAUCAUUUACUAAAUGAACAUCAUGCUGUAUUGAAGAAGACUUGAAACUAGAGAUUGAGACCAUAAACUCAUGUUUACAAUGUUUACUGAGGGAAUAAAUCAAGAGAGAAGUAGAGUCAUUUUCUCAUUUCUCGCUUCACUUUUCAGAAUAUGGACAGGGAGAUAAGCAGACUAGAAUCAAAUGACAUUGUGACUGCAAGACAUGCAGGGCUGUGAAUGAAAUGAAAGGGGAUGAAAUGUUCAAUAUGUAAAUACAGCUCAUGAUGUCAGUUGCGUUGUUCUGUAGCAACACUUGUUCAACAGCAGAGGGCGUCACACACGAGUCCAAAGCCACUGAUGACCUGUCCUGUUGCUGUGCUUUCUUUUUUUUUUUUAAUUGAUAUCUUUAUGGUACAAUAUUAAUAUUCCUAACCAAAACAUCUGUUGCUUAAAAUUGUAUAAAAAUA